AUGGGCUGGAGAGGAGAACAGUGUGACAAGCGUAAGUUCCCAUUAAGCCCUCUUUUGCUCUGUGACAUCCCAAAUCCCACUGAUCUGAAGUUGUCCAUAGUUUUCCAAUAAAUGAAGGCUGGAGAGCCUAGUCAAACCAUGCUCAUUUGGGCUAUUCUCUCCCCCCCCCCCCGCCCACAGUGUUUUCUUGGCUUGUGCAUGGGUCACUCAACUUGUUUAUCCUGAGCAGAAGCUGCUGGAUAACACUGCAGACAACAAUAGGGGUUGAACAAUGGCAUGUGCAGGGGAUAAUUCUAGGGAAUAGCAAGAGGGCCAUUUGGAGCCGUAGGGAGAGGGUGGGUCACAGUACUUAGAAGUACAGUGCUACCUCAGGUUGAGUACUUAAUUCGUUCCGGAGGUCCGUACUUAACCUGAAACUGUUCUUAACCUGAAGCACCACUUUAGCUAAUGGGGCCUCCUGCUGCCGCUGCGCCGUCAGAGCACGAUUUCUGUUCUCAUUCUGAAGCAAAGUUCUUAACCCAAGGUACUGUUUCUGGGUUAGCGGAGUCUGUAACCUGAAGCGUAUGUAACCUGAAGCGUAUGUAACCUGAGGUACCACUGUAUAUUCAGACUUCUAGCAGAGAUGGCUUUGCUUUUGUUUUCUCCAGCUUGCCUGCCUGGCUACUAUGGCAGCAAUUGCACUGAGCGCUGCAAAUGCCCUCCAGGUGUCCCUUGCAACCACAUGAGCGGGGAGUGUGGCUGCCCUCCAGGUUUUGUGGGCAGUGGCUGCGAAAGAAGUAAGUCCCCUAAUGUGUGUGUGUGUGUGUGUGUGUGUGUGUGUGUGUGUGUGUUUUGUCAUGAAGGAAUAAGGUUAUUCAUUCAUUCGUUCAUUCAUUUGUUCAUCACCGGAAUCUGUAUAACUGCUUAAUUGUAUAAAGCUCUCUAGUCAGUUAACAUAAAAUAAAACUUACAUUACAACUCUGGAGAGAAGUCAGAGUUAAAAACAAGCUGACAUGAGAAGAGGUUAUAAAUAUGCAUCAAGAAAGUGAAAUCUUAAAAAGUUUUAGGUAUCUGGGUAGACUUGCCUAGACAAACAAGCUUUUAGCAGGCACUGAAAACAAUACAGUAAAGGCACCUGCCUCGUGUCAAUGGGCAGGGAGUUCCACAGUGAAAGAAGUGAAGAAUGAACAGUAUGUGGAGCGAGGUGGUUCAUUUAAUUAAAAUCUAUACCUCAAAUGUAUACCUUAUUUAUAAAUUUUGAGGAACUUCUGGCAUAAAGCAGCUUACAAUAAAAACCAACCCCUACCUGACAAUAAGAUAUGCAAAUACAAAAUACAGCACAAGAAAACAAUGAACCGGCAUGGAAAGUGGAGUACAGAAAUAGAGUAUCUAGCAUAAUGAUAUAACUGUAGAGUUGGAAGGGACCACGAGAGCCAUCUAGUCCCACCCCCUGCAAUGCAGGAAUCUUUUGCGCAAUGUGGGGCUCGAACCCUGAGAUGAAGAGUCUCAUGUUCUACCAAGUGAGUUAUUACAACGCAUAAAACAGUCGGAAGGCACACCAACAAGAAUCUCAGAGUGGCUAAUUUGAAAAGGCUUGGGAGAGAGCUGCAAAGGAGAAAGAGGGUAGCCCAUAAACCAGGCUUCCUCAAACUCGGUCCUCCAGAUGUUUUGAGACUACAAUUCCCAUCAUCCCUGACCACUGGUCCUGCUAGCUAGGGAUCAUGGGAGUUGUAGGCCAAAAACAUCUGGAGGGCAGAGUUUGAGGAAGCCUGCCAUAAACCCAGGACACAGAGCAGGAACCUAUGGAUUCCCAUUACGUUCAAACUGGACCUUACUGAGAUUUUGACUCAUUGAACCCAAAGGGUGCUUCGCAUGUGCAGUUCUUGCUUUGAAGGUCUAUAGUGUUUUGUACACAUGAUUUCCUCCAGUGCCCUAGCAGGUGCAGAAAUGGAGCAUUGACUUCUCCCACCCCACUUGAGGCCGGUUCAUACAUGCCCAUUCAUCAUUUGCCGACUGAUCCUUGAAGUGAUGUCUCUCAUAUGUGAAUGGGCAUCACAGAUAGCACUUUCACAUCACUUCAAAAAUGCUAUGCAAUUAGUUUCAAUGUUAACUUUAACCAAUUCAUGUUAAUGGAUUGGUUUAACAUCAAUUGGUUUAACCGCCUGGGAUAACUCAGCUGGUAGAACAUGAGACUCUUAAUCUCAGGGUUGCGGGUUCAAGCCCUACAUUGGGCAAAAAGAUUCCUGUAUUGCAGGGGUUGGACUAGAUGACUGUCGUGUCCCUUCCAACUCUACAAUUCUAUCGUUCUAUGUGAGUUGUCAUGUGACAUGAUCAAGUGUCCUUGCAUGUGUGAACCAGCCCCUAAGUAACUUGGAUGCUUUCCCAUGACAUGUCACUGGAAACACACAAUUUAAACAUACACUUGUAUUUGUGGUGGAGAAUAGCUCACAUAGCAUGAACCGCAGACUUUUAGCAUGAGCUCCCCGCCAGGGCAGAGAGAGAGAACCAGGAAAGAAACAGCACAAGCAUUUGACGCUGACUUGAAGCUUUAAGGCAUCUGUGGGCGAGAGAGUCACCACGCAUAUUUGGGAGACUCUCCUGAGUUUUAUUAUUUUAGUUGAUUUUCCUUGACAUCAACCUAUGACUUUCUCUAAGUGACAAGAAAAUUGCAACUGGCCCAUGACAGUUGGGCACAAAUUGACUGAGCAAAACAAAAUCAAACCACAAAGUAAUCCCCAAGCAAACGUAAUAAACCCAAAGUCCCAGAGGGCAGCAUUCUUCUGCAGGCAGCGGUCUUAUUGAAUAAAUUCUACCCGGCUCUUUGUUUGAGCACUGUGUUUACCAAGACAAAUGUAAUUCAUCGGUUUACAUUUCCUCUUCCCUCAGCUUGUCUGCCAGGCACAUAUGGGGAGAACUGUAACCAAGUAUGUCAGUGCUCUGGAAAGAAUGAAGAGUGCCAUCAUGUCACCGGCAAGUGUGGCUGCCUGCCAGGUUACUACGGAAUCCACUGUGACCUUCGUAAGUGUCACUCUCGCUUCAUCAACAUUCGCCUUUGCUUGAUUGUUAGGAUCAGAUUUGAAUAG